GUCAGGCAGGUAGCGCGCGCGCGGCUCUGAGCUUUACCCACAUAGACGGCUAUAUGUACGCGAAAAACUCCUAUAUGUAGAGUGUGAUAUAUUGACAGCAAAGCGCAAAUGCAACGUUCGUACAAUAUACGCGUGUGUGACAGGUGGGAGAAAACGCAGUUAUAAAAGUACCUGCUGGCUUCCGCGCGAUUCGGUUUAUAAUCAUUAACAACAAGUGUGUCGCGACGAAAACUUUGGGGACGGAGGAUAAUAUUAUUAGAGAUUAAUUAUUUUUUUUUCGGCCGAGAAGUGAAAUGUACCCCCGAUAUUAGUCAACUCUCAUGGGUCGAAAGCUUGCGUGAUAUAUAGACAUAUAUAACAACAUCAGUGUGGUUUUGGUGCUCCACGGCAAUUACUGCUACUUCUUUUUUCUAAAUUGUUCCUUAAUUUGGUGACAUUGAUUGUAUAUUUGCGAGGAAGGACAGAAAAUUGUCUGAUUGUGUGAUACGAGACUGUCAAAAUUGUCGUUUUGAACUUUUAAAAUUAGACAAAGUGUUUAUUGAGCAUCAUGUCGAAGAAAUGGCUGGAAGAUCCGGACAUCCGUCCCAGAAAAGUUACCCCCGUCGCCCCCGAGGACGAGGUCGUGAUCAGCGGCAUAGCCGGAAGAUUUCCCGACUCCAACAACUGCAACGAGCUCUACGAGAAUCUCAUGAAUAAGGUCGAUCUGGUGACCGAUGACGAUCGCCGAUGGAAAUUAGAUCAUCCGGAGAUCCCGCAGCGCACGGGCAAGAUCAACAACGUCGAGAAGUUCGACGCGCUCUUCUUCGGGGUGCACUUCAAGCAGGCGCACACCAUGGACCCGAUGUGUCGCAUGUUCCUCGAGCACGCCUACGAGGCCCUCAUCGACGCUGGCGUGAAUCCGCGCGCGAUCCGAGGCACCAAGUGCGGCGUCUUCGUCGGGGCCUGCUUCUCCGAGUCCGAGAAGACCUGGUUCUACGAGAAGCUUCAGGUCAACGGAUUCGGUAUCACCGGCUGCGCCCGUUCCAUGUUGUCCAACAGGAUCUCGUACUGGCUGGGUGUGACCGGGCCGAGUUACACGAUCGACACGGCCUGCAGCUCGAGUAUGUACGCCUUCGAGCACGCUUACAGGGCCAUCAAAGAGGGUCUGUGCGAUACGGCCCUGGUGGGUGGGGGCAAUCUUUGUCUGCAUCCGUUUGUGUCUAUGCAAUUUUUCAAGCUCGGCGUACUGUCUACCGACGGCCGCUGCAAGACCUUCGACGAGUCGGCCAACGGCUACGUGCGCAGCGAGUCCAUGGCCGUGGCCUUCCUGCAAAAGUCCAAGGACGCCAAGCGCAUCUACGCCACUCUGGUCCACGGCAAGCUCAACUGCGACGGCUUCAAGGAGCAGGGCGUCACUUUCCCAUCGUGCCGCAUGCAGACAGUUUUAUUGAAGGAAUUUUAUCUGGAGUGCGGAAUACCACCCAAGGAGGUGGAGUACAUCGAGGCUCACGGCACCGGCACCAGAGUCGGCGACCCCGAGGAGGUGAACGCCAUCGACAGCGCCCUGUGCGAGGAGCGCACCAAGGAGGAUCCCCUGCUGAUCGGCUCGAUCAAGACGAAUCUCGGCCACACCGAGCCCGCGAGCGGCAUUGUGUCGGUGGCCAAGGUCAUCAUGUCCAUGGAGACCGGCGUGAUACCGCCCAAUCUGCACUUCAAGACGCCGCGUCAGGACAUCCAGGCGCUCGUCGACGGACGCAUCAAGGUCAUCGCCGAGCCGACCCGUUGGAAGGCUCGCUACGCCGGUAUCUCGGCCUUCGGCUUCGGUGGCGCCAAUGCCCACGUGCUCCUCAAGUCCAAUCCCAAGCUCAAGGUCAACAGGGGCGCACCGCGCGACGAUCUGCCGCGUCUCGUGGCCAUCACCGGUCGUACCGAGGAGGCGGUCGACGUCAUCCUGAAAGAUCUAGAAAGUAAACCGGUGGACGUCGAGUACGUGAGACUCCUGCACGACAUCCACUCGGACGAGAUCAACGGCAAUCUUUAUCGAGGUUACACCAUUCUGCCGGCCAAGGGUGUCACCGAGAAACCCAUCCGAGAGAUCCAAGCGGCCGCUGGCUCCAAGAGACCCAUCUGGUUCGUCUUCUCGGGAAUGGGUUCUCAGUGGCCCGGAAUGGGCGAAGCGCUGCUUCAAAUACCGAUCUUCGCCGAGGCCAUCAAGAAGUGCGACGCCGUUCUCAAGCCGAACGGCAUCGACAUCUAUCAUGUGAUCACCAACAAGGAAAAGACGGCUUUCGAUAAUAUCUUGAACUCGUUCGUCGGUAUCGCUGCCGUGCAGAUCGGUCUGGUCGACAUCCUGCGAGCGAUCGGUAUCGUCCCCGACAACAUCAUCGGCCACUCGGUCGGCGAGCUGGGCUGCGCAUACGCCGACGGCUGCUUCACCGCCGAGCAAAUGAUCCUCUCGGCUUACUCCCGUGGCAAGGCUUCCCUGGAGGCCAACAUAAUCCGCGGCUCGAUGGCCGCCGUCGGCCUCGGCUACGAGAAACUCAAGCCCAUGUGUCCAGCCGACAUCGAGAUAGCCUGCCACAAUUCCGCCGAGAGCUCGACCGUCAGCGGUCCCGCCGAGGCGAUGAAGGCUUUCGUGGCCGAUCUCCAGGCCAAAAAAAUCUUCGCCCGCGAGGUGGCCUGCAGCAACAUUCCGUACCACAGCAAGCACAUAGCCCCGGCGGGCGCCAAGCUCCUCGAGUAUCUGAAAAAAGUCAUUCCCAAUCCGAAGCCGAGAAGCGAGAAGUGGCUGAGUACCUCGGUGCCCAUCGAGAAGUGGGACACCAAGGCGGCCAAGUACUCCUCGCCCGAGUACCACACGAACAAUCUGCUGAGCUCGGUCCUGUUCGAGGAGACCUCGGCCUUUAUCCCGAAGGACGCCAUCACCAUCGAGAUAGCCCCACACGGACUGCUCCAGGCCAUCAUUCGUCGCUCGCUCCACUCGAGCGUCACCAAUAUUCCACUGACUCAGCGCGGACACGCCAACAACACCGAGUUUCUCCUGCAAGCCCUCGGCAAGCUCUUCAACGUCGGCCUUCACUUCCAGCUGGACAAGCUCUAUCCCCACGUCCAGUACCCGGUGAGUCGCUCGACUCAGAUGAUAGCACCGCUGAUCAGGUGGGAGCACUCGGACGACUGGUACGUGACCUCGUACAAGUCCCAGCAGAAGAUCUCGUCGGGCGAGAGGACGGUGAAGGUGGCGCUGAGCGACGCCGAUUACGAGCACAUGGCCGGUCACGUGAUCGACGGAAGAAAUCUGUUCCCCGCCACGGGCUAUCUGAAUCUGGUCUGGGAGACGCUGGGCAUGAUGCACGGCGAGCUGCACACCGAGGUCUCGGUGGUGUUCGAGGACAUCAAAUUUUUGCGCGCCACCAAUAUCCCGAAGGAGGGUGAGAUCGAGUUCACGCUCAUGAUACAGAAGGGCACGGGCAGAUUCGAGGUCGUGGAGGGCGGCGUCGCCGUCGUGACCGGUCACGUGCGUGUCUGCAGCAAUCCCGAGGCCGAGAAGAUCAACGUCGACUUCGGCUCGCUUAAGCAGGAGGAGGAGACCAUGAGCAGUCGCGACGUGUACAAGGAGCUGAGACUCCGUGGAUAUCACUAUUCCGGACUGUUCCGUAGCAUCAAGAGCUCGACGGUCACCGGCUCCUACGGCCACAUCUCCUGGGCCAACAACUGGGUCGCCUUCAUGGACAACAUGCUGCAGAUGCAGAUUCUCGGCGUCGACACGCGCGGCCUCUUCGUCCCCAUCUCGAUCAAGAAACUCGUCAUCGACACCAAGGCCCACCUCGGCGACUUCAAAUUCGGCGAACUCGAGAAAGACUUGCCGGUCUACACGGACAAGGUCUACGACGUGAUCGCGUGCGGCGGCGUGGAGAUUCGCGGUCUGCAGGCGAGCGCGAUCGCCCGCAAGAAGCCCGCGGGCGAGCCCGUGCUCGAGGAGUACAGAUUCGUCGCCCAUCACGACCGAGCCAGUCUGACUCUGCGCGAGAUCUCGCGGCUGUCGACGCAUCUCUGCAUGGAGAACAACUUCGGCGUGAAGGUGAAGACGGUCGAGCUGCUGGACAUCGACAACGAGGUAUCGCCGACGGAUCUGCUGUCGCCUUGGCUUGCCGAGGCGUUGGGCGAUAUGCCGUUGAUUCAAGCAGAGGUUACGAUUUAUGGACCGAAAAAAAAACUCGAGGCUGGAUCUCUCCCUUCGAACGUGUUGAUAGGAGACGUGAAAAAGAUAAACCCAGAUUUGAAUGCUCUACUGGCGAUCGGUCACAAUUUAUUGACCAAAGAAAAGGCCGACGAAUUGGCGAUGCUUCAGCAAUCUCUGAAAGAAGGUGGCUUCAUUCUGACCCGGGAAUCGGCACAAGUGAGAAAUAUCGACGAAUUGGCUAAAUCUCAUGGUUUGGAUGUGAUAUUGGAGAAAUCGUACGGAAAGGAGAUAUUCAUGCUGCUGAAAAAUCGUACGAAGGUACCGGAAAAAACUGUCGUCGUACAGGUCAAUAACCAGAACUUCGAUUGGGUCGAGAACAUGAAGAAGACGAUGCAGCAAGAAUCCGAAAAUCCAUCAACGAGGAUUUUGUACGUGGGUCAAGGAGACUUUGAAAAUGGUCUGAUGGGUUUGGUAAACUGUCUGAGACAAGAACCGGGCGGUGAACUGGUCCGUGGCCUUCUCAUUCAAGACCCGAAAGCUCCGCCGUUCUCGCUCACGAAUCCCAUGUACGCGCGCCACUUGGACAAGGACUUGGCCGUGUCGGUGCUGCGCGAGAACGGUGUCUGGGGCUCCUACCGUCACUUGCCGCUUCCGACGCCCAAGCGGGAACCGGUCAGACACGCGCUGGCCAGUCAGCUGGUUCGCGGAGAUCUGUCGUCGUUGGCUUGGCUCGAGGGCCCGAUCCAGAAGGGAUCCAGGCAUCCGGAUCUCGUCAACAUCUUCUACGCGUCGAUCAAUUUCAAAGACGUCAUGCUCGCUUCCGGUAAACUAGCCAUCGAGGCGGUCUGCAAGACCAGACAAGAUCAGGAGCACGUCAUCGGUAUCGAGUACAGUGGCAUCGAUCAAGCCGGCAAACGCAUCAUGGGAAUGAUACCCAGUCGAGCUCUGGCCAACGUGGCCAUCGCCGACCGACAUCUGUCCUGGGAAAUUCCGAAAUCCUGGACUUUGGAGGACGCCGCUACGAUACCGUGCGUCUACGGUACCUGCUACUACGCUCUAUACGUCAGCGGUAAAAUGAAGAGAGGCGACAAGGUGCUGAUUCACGCGGGCUCCGGUGGCGUCGGUCAAUCCGCCAUCAAUCUGUGCCUGCACGAGGGCUGCGAGGUCUUCACCACGGUCGGCACCCCGGAGAAGCGUCGCUUCAUUCGCGAGCACUUCCCCCAGAUCCCCGAGAGUCACAUCGGCAACUCGCGCGACACCAGCUUCGAGCAGAUGAUCGCCCGAGAGACCAAGGGCCGAGGAGUGGAUAUCGUGCUGAACAGCUUGGCCGAGGAGAAGCUUCUGGCUUCCGUCAAUUGUCUGGCGUGGGGUGGACGUUUCCUCGAGAUCGGAAAGUUCGACUUGUCGGCCAACAAUCCACUGGGUAUGCAGGCGUUCUUGAAGGAGAUCAGCUUCCACGGGGUGAUGUUGGACGCCGUUUUUGUUAGAGAGAAGGAAGAUAAGCAGGUGGUGCAGAAGCUGCUCGAGCAAGGCUUGAAGAGCGGAGCGGUCAAACCUUUAGUCAGAACUGUGUUUGAAAAAGAUCAAAUUGAAGAAGCUUUCCGUUACAUGGCUGCUGGAAAACACAUAGGCAAAGUCGUGAUUAAAAUGAGAGAGGAUAAUGAGGCAAAGAGCGAAGUGGCCUUGGCUAUACCGCGCUAUUACUGUUUGCCAGACAAGAGUUACCUCAUAUUGGGUGGUCUCGGAGGAUUCGGUCUUGAACUUGCUGACUGGCUGGUUCUGAGAGGAGCCAAGAACCUCGUCGUCACCUCUCGCAGCGGAGUCAAGAACGGCUAUCAGCGCAUGCGCAUCAGCUUGUGGGAGAGCUACGGCACUCGAGUGGUCGUGAUCGCGGGCAAGGACGCCUCGAAGCGCGACGACUGCCAAGCCAUACUCGAGGCGGCCAACAAAGUCGCGCCCCUGGACGCCAUCUUCAAUCUCGCCGUGGUGCUUCAGGACGCCCUGUGGGACAAUCAGACGGCCGAGUCGUUCGAGGAGUCGUUCAGGUCCAAGGCUUGGGCGACCAAGAAUCUCGACCUGCUGACGAGGAAGCUGUGUCCGGCCUUGAGAAACUUCGUCGUGUUCUCGUCGGUGUCCUGCGGUCGCGGUAACGCCGGUCAGACCAAUUACGGUAUGUCCAACUCGGUGAUGGAGAGGAUCUGCGAGAGGAGAGCCGCCGAGGGACUGCCCGGCUUGGCGAUCCAGUGGGGUGCCGUGGGCGACGUCGGUCUGGUCGCCGACAUGCAGGAGGACAACAAGGAACUGGUCAUCGGUGGAACUCUGCAGCAGAGGAUAUCAUCUUGUUUGCAAGAGUUGGACGGAUUCAUGCGUCAAAACAAGCCUGUGGUGGCGAGUAUGGUGGUCGCGGAAAAACGAGCCGGUGGUUCGGGAGCGCUGAACGUCGUCGAUACAGUCCUCAAUAUUAUGGGUCUCAAGACUCUGAAGGGUGUGAGUUUGAACACGUCUCUCGCGGAACUCGGCAUGGACUCCAUGAUGUCCGUGGAGAUCAAACAGACCCUGGAACGAGAAUUCGAGAUAUUUCUGACGGCCGGCGACAUCAGAAACCUGAACUUCACCAAGCUCAAGGAGAUGUCGGUCGACAGUUCGGCGGGCGAAAACGCCUCGGACUCGGACGGCCAGGCCGAGGGCGAAAUUCUCACGGGCAUGAAGCUGCUGGUGCGUCUGAUCGGCGACGGCGAUCUCAAUCCCGAGGUCUGUCUGAGGCUACGCACGAAGGAGGAGACGGGCCAGGGUGAAAUUUUCUUGGUGCCCGGUAUCGAGGGCGUGGGCUCCGUUUUCACCAAUCUGGCGCCCAAUCUCAAAGCUCCGGCCACGUGUCUACAGUUGGGCCUGAGCAACGCCGCUCACGACUCGGUUUACGACAUGGCGAAUCAUUUCUUACCCCACGUCCUCGACAGAAGUAAAGGACGAAGAAACUUCGUUAUAGUAGGUUACUCGUUCGGUUCGUUGAUCGCCAUCGAAAUCGUGAGAAAACUCGAGUCUCAAGGAAUGAGCGGCCAAUUGAUACUCAUCGACGGAGCGCCAGAUCAGUUGCAGGUCAUAACGAGCAAUCAGAUAACGGCCAACAGCGACGAGGAACUGCAGUCGCACACAUUGAUGGCUAUGAUCAAUAUCGUUCAUCCGGACAAUAGUUUACAACUCAACGAUGAUUUGGCGAAAUGCAAAUCGUGGGAAGAGAAAAUCCAAGCGUUCGUUAACCGGUGUCCAGCCUCAAAAUUAUCCAUGACGGUCGAGAAUCAAAAGGCACUCUGCUCGGCCAUUUACAACCGCAUCAGGGCAAUUGAAAAUUAUACCAAUAGCAAAGUGAAGCCGAUCAAGUCACCGAUCACGCUGCUAAAACCGACUUUACCGAGUGUCAGAAUGGAUUUCGAGGAUUACGGAUUAUCGAAGCUGACCACGGACAAAGUGCAAGUUCACUACGUGCCGGGCAAUCACGUGACCAUGCUGGACAACGAGAAAAUAUCCCAGGCCAUCAACGGAGACUCCAUAGAGGACGCGCAAGCGUUCAAAAAUACCAUCAUGGAUAAGUAAACAAAAAUAAAAAGGAAUUCAGCAUUAUACACCGUAGUAACCAACGUAGUUAAAAAAAAAUAUUGAUAUAAACUAGGAACCAAUAAUGUAAUUCUUGAAGAUAAUCAAGCUCAAAAUGACAGUAUGAGAACUGUGAAUUAAUCAAUGCCGACUAUAUAAUAAAUGGUCGACGAUAAAGCACUUGUAAAAAUAAUGAUUAAACUUAAAAAAAGCAAUAGACUAUAUUUAUAAGCGAUUUUUGAUCGUUCGGAUCAGCGUUUGCUAUAAAACAUUUUUGGAAGGGUACAUUUCACAUUUUUUAUCACAAUAAGCGUAACGUGUAAACAUAUGAGUAAUAAACUAAGUAAUUUUUAGUA